AUGAAGUUACUUCUGUUGAUAUUGGUCCUCCAGAUCACAUUCUCUGGAAUAGCUUCCCUGCCCAUCAAGGCAAGCUCAGGAGAAAAUGAUAUGGCAAUGGCUAUGAGGUACUUGGUAAACUUUUAUGACCUCAGGAUUGAUGAUGACAAAGAGACAAAAAUAAAAGUCCAUGGAAACAUCAUGGAGAAUAAACUCCAAGAAAUGCAGCAGUUUUUGGGGCUAAAAGUGACUGGGAAGCUGGAUGUCUCGACUCUGGACAUGAUGCGUAAGCCUCGAUGUGGAAUGCCUGAUGUUCAUGAUUUCAGUAUAAUGCCAGGGAGGCUGGUGUGGAGGAAACAUUUUAUCACCUACAGAAUCAAUAAUUAUACUCCCGACAUGAGGCGUGAGGAUGUUGACUCUGUCAUCCAGGAAGCUUUCCAAGUAUGGAGUAAGGUGACGCCCCUAAGGUUCAGCAGGGUUAACAGUCUCAGGGCUGACAUUAUGAUACGCUUUGCCUAUGGAGAACAUGGAGACAAUUAUCCUUUUAGUGGCAAAGGCGGAAUCCUAGCCCAUGCCUUUGGACCCGGGCCCGGUAUUGGAGGAGAUAUACACUUUGAUGAAGCUGAAACCUGGACAAAAACCUACCGAGGUGUAAACUUGUUCCUAGUUGCUGUUCAUGAGAUUGGUCAUUCCUUGGGUCUUUACCACUCCAGAGACCGAAAGGCCAUAAUGUUCCCCACAGUUAGUUAUGUUAACCCCACUACAUUUCGCCUGUCUGCUGAUGACAUACGUGGCAUCCAGUCUCUCUAUGGAGGGCCAAAUACAGACCCAGAUACCUGUGACCCCAGUUUCGAUGCUGUCACUACAGUGGAUGAUAAAAUCUUUUUCUUUAAAGACAGGUUCUUCUGGUGGAAGUUUCCUAAGGGUCCAUGGAGCAAUGCUAGCUUAAUUUCUUCUUUAUGGCCAACGUUACCAUCAGGCAUUCAAGCUGCUUAUGAAACUGGAAACAAAAAGGACGUUUUUCUUUUUAAAGGUGAUAAGUACUGGUUGGUCAGCAAUUUAAGACCACAGUCAAACUACCCCAAGAGCAUACGUUCUUUGGGCUUCCCUGACUUUGUAAAAAAAAUUGAUGCAGCUGUUUUUAACCCACAUUUAAAAAAGACCUACUUCUUUGCAGAUAACCAAUAUUGGAGGUAUGAUGAGAGAAGACAGAUCAUGGACCCUAAUUAUCCCAAAUUAAUUAUCACAAACUUUCCAGGAAUUGGACCUAAAAUUGAUGCCGUCUACUAUUAUAAUAGACACUAUUAUUUCUUUCAAGGAUCUAAACAUGUUGAAUAUGAUGCCCAUCAUAAUCGUGUCAUCAAAAUCCAUGAGAUGAGGUGUAAAUGA